AAGAAGCAGGGAGGGAUAUAUGGAGAAGGAGGGCAGAGGGGUGAGAGACUGAGAGAAGCAUUUGGUAGGCACACUUAUUCACACAGUCACUUUCCCCUUGCUAGUGACUUUCACCACUGCAACCUUUUGCUGCCUACCAGGAUUCUUCCUUCUUCCCAUAAUGACCAACUCCCUCGGUCUGAGCGUCCAGCUCCUCCUGCUGCUGUCCCUAAGCUUCACCGCACGUGCUGAACCUCGCAGGACCACGACCCCUCAACGCAGAACGCCUCGUGCACCGCCCGCUAAGGUGCGCCUGGCAGGCAACUUUGCGCGCGAGGCGCACGAAGGGCGCGUGGAGGUCCUGCACAAUGACGCCUGGGGGACCGUCUGUGAUGAUGAGGUGGACAUAAACCUGGCUAACGUGGUGUGCCGAGAACUGGGGUAUCGAGGAGCAGUAACAUGGGCUCACAGCGCCAAGUAUGGAGAAGGAACAGGUCCUAUUUGGAUGGAUAAUGUACGGUGUGAUGGCUCAGAGAAGUCUUUGAAGGACUGCAAACACAAUGGUUGGGGGGUAAAUGACUGUAAACACUCUGAAGACUUAGGGGUUGUGUGCACCCCCGAGCAUAGACUGGAGCAAUCUGCCAGCAGAAGUCACACUACACCUGUCCGGCCUUUUGGUAACACUGCUUCUCAGUGGGGUGGUAUUGUGGCAACACAGAGGCAUCCAGGCUACGGAUAUUAUGGAAAUGGUCAUCUGCAGGAGAUCCCAAGGUUCCACAGGCCACACCACUACCAGGGUCGCAGCAAAGUGCGGAUUGAGGAGGUCCGUCUGCGUCCGAUCCUUUCAGCUACAAAGAAGAAGAGAAUUAUUACAGAGGGUGUGGUGGAAGUGAAGCAUGCUGGGAGAUGGAGGCAAGUCUGUGACCUAGGUUGGAGUCUCAACAGCAGCCGAGUGGUGUGUGGGAUGCUUGGCUUUCCAGAAGCAAGUCAGCAUAGUGUCAAAACAUACAAGAAAAUAUGGGAUAACAAGGUUAAAGAUCCUUCAACAAGGCUAAGCCAAAUGGCAAAAAAGAAAGGAUUCUGGGUAGAGAAGGUGCACUGUCUGGGCACAGAAAACACUCUAUCAGAGUGCCACGCUCAGCUGUCAAUCCCCCGAAGUCCAACCCCAUGUAAAAAAGGCCAAUUUGCAGUGGCCAAGUGCAUACCAGGACCUCAGUUUGCUCGCAUCUCCUCAGGAAGACCCCAGGCUCCUUAUCCAGUGGUGCCUGUGCGUCUCAAGGCAGGUCCCAGGUUGGGUGAAGGCCGUGUUGAGGUUCUACGAAAUGGGAAAUGGGGGACAAUUGUUGAUCACUUGUGGGACAGAACGGCGGCAAGUGUUGUGUGCAGAGAGCUUGGGUUUGGUACCGCCAAGGACGCCCUGCACGGAGCAUACAUGGGCCAAGGUACAGGACCUAUUCAUAUGAAUAAUGUACAGUGUAUGGGGACAGAGCGCUCUAUACUGGACUGCUACUUCCAGGAAGUUCAACCUUGGACAUUCAAACACACUCAGGAUGCUUCAGUACGCUGUAAUGUUCCCAAGACCGGUGCAGAGAAAACGGUGCGUCUAGCGGGUGGUAGAGCCUCUUCAGAAGGACGUGUAGAAGUUUUGAUGGAGGUCGGGGGACGUAAGCGUUGGGGCGCUGUCUGCAGUGAAAACUGGGGGAUAAAUGAAGCAAUGGUGGUGUGCAGACAGCUCGGCCUGGGUUUUGCUGCGAGUGCUCAUCAGGAGACUUGGUACUGGUCUGGUAAUGCAAACGCAAGUGAAGUGAUACUUAGUGGGACUCACUGUGUGGGAACAGAGUUUUCCAUCCAGCAAUGUCGUCGCAACAACCAUGUCCACUGCCCUCGGGGAGGAGGAGCCAAGGCUGCUGGGGUUAGAUGCUCAGAGACUGCUCCAGACCUUGUUGUAGAUGCCCAGUUAGUCCAGGAGACAACCUACUUAGAAGAUCGACCCCUCCACUUGCUAACUUGUGCUCAUGAAGAGAACUGUCUGUCAUCAUCUGCUGCCAGAAUGAACUGGCCUUAUGGCCACCGGCGCCUCCUGCGCUUCUCUUCCCGUAUUAUGAACCUCGGUCGGUCUGACUUUAGACCCAAGGCAACUAAAGAAAGCUGGACAUGGCACCAGUGUCACAGGCACUACCACAGCAUCGAGGUGUUCACCCAUUACGACCUGCUGACACUAAAUGGCACAAAGGUUGCAGAGGGACACAAAGCCAGCUUCUGUCUGGAGGACACAUACUGCCCUGAGGGGAUGCAGAAGAGGUUCUCCUGUUACAACAUGGGUGAUCAAGGCAUUUCUGUUGGCUGCUGGGACACCUAUCGCCAUGACAUUGACUGUCAGUGGGUUGAUGUGACAGAUGUACGACCAGGGGACUACAUUUUCCAGGUGGAAGUUAACCCCUCCUUGGAUAUGGCUGAGUCUGACUUUAUGAACAACGUCAUGAGAUGUCGAUGCAAAUAUGAUGGCCACAGAGCUUAUAUGUACAGCUGUCAUGCAGGGGAUGCUUACAGCGCAGAGACGGAAGACCUGUUUGAGCACCAAAGACAAAUCACCAACAACUUUGUGUAGUUCAUUGCAGGGUCCAGAGAAAAUGCUUUCUAGUGAAGCACAGAGACUAUUUAAAGUAGGCUAAAGUCGAAAGGCCCAGGCAUCUCAGGACGGUAGAACCCACAGUUAUAAUGAUACAGUGCCUGCUGGUGUCCUGGUAAAUCUGGGUAAAACAUUCUUGAAUACAUGUGACACCAGCAACUAUCGCAUCAAGUCUUCUACUAACUAGAACAUUUAUUGGUAGCAGCAGAGGUGAAGUUGUAGCGUUGUCAGCAUCCUUUCUUGCUAUGUAAAGAAAAAAAGAUAAGAUAUAGAUUUCAGCUGUUCAGAAUUUAACCAAAGUACAAACAAUUAAUGCUUAAAACAAACAUAGAUAAAAAGAAAAGGAAAACUGGUGUCAUUCCCAAACUGGAUAUAAAAACUAGAGGAAAACUAUUUACUGUUGGAAAAACAGAGAUGAGAUUGUGUGGUUUAUGUCAUAAUCCAGUAAGUGUGGUUAAUUAACUCGUUUAUACACAUUUUGCAAAAAAAGUUAAACAAAUUUCAGAUGUUAGCUUUAGCUUACAAACCUCUUCAUUUUAAUUUAUAGUCGGUUCAUUUUGAAUAUUGGUGCUUUCUUUUCAUACACCAACAAUACUGUAAUAUUAUGUCACAUAAAUCUUAAAUAUGUUUUAGAUUUAAUAUUUUGUACAGCAUAUUUUCAAUACUUCUGUUUAAUAGACAUACUUUAUUUUAUAAACUCUACUUUUCUCACAAAUUAUCUUUUAUCAGUUUAUAACAUAUGUUGUGCUUCACCUUUCGAGUAUAUAACAGGAGGUCAUUUGUUUAAUAGAAGAAAGCACUUUAUCUUUUUAACAAGUAUUCAGACAAAGUCCCUUUAUUAAUUAGCCGCAAUGUUUUAAAUUUUUGUUUUUAUUUAACCUCUUUAUCAUUUUACAUACUGGAAACUCCAAAAGGGGUUGUCAUCAGGUUUCUCGUUCAUUUUGCUAUUGAAACUGUAUUUUAUUACUUUAUUUAUUGGGUUCUAUACAGCAUGACAAGUUAUUAGAUUUUUAUCUAAACGUUACAUCUAAAAUAUUUUCUAUUUUUCCAGGUAUACUCAUCAAGGGUAAAAUGUUUAUCCUGUAAUGUUUCAUCCUGUAGAUGAAUAAUUUUAGUUUGUGUUAUUUUAGUCAUUAAAACAAUUGUAACUGUAUAGUUUUCCUCUUCCAGCCUCUUGUGGGAGGGAAAACUGGUCUGACAAAACCACAGUAUUGUGGUAGACAGGCGGGCUGGGUUUUCAGAACAUAUAAAAAGCCUUUUAAUUACCGCCGCUUGGUUAGACCUAAGGUUACAGUUACGAUUGAGGGCUCGGGCUUGUGCUUUAUAAAGAAACACCAUGGAUUUGUUACUUCUACAAUCAUUGAAAAGACAAUAAUUUGAUUUAGCAUUUUUGCUUAAACUACACUAUAUGUUCUGAUUAUCUGAGAGACUCAGUGAAAGAUGGGAAGUUAAGGAAAGAAUAAGAAGUGGAUGAUAUCUGGUAAAUGAUUUAUUCAGAUGUUCAGAUUUUACUUA